AUGUCGGAGAGGCUGUCGAAAGUCGAAGCUGAUCUGUCAAAGUUAAAUCAGUUAGAGUUACAUUCGUCGACACAGCCAGAUCGCUUGAAUAAACUGGAAUCAGAAAUAUCGUCCCAGUCGAGUGCUAUCAUGGAACUUUCUCGCGAACUGGAUUAUCUGCGGCAUCAAUUAAUGUCUCAGUCACCGAUGAGCCCUCGCAACCAUAUUCGAUCCAGUCCUAAUUCUAAUCUGAUGGGUCAUAAUGCUAUGAGUAUAGGUAAUCCUGCAGUCAGUAAAUCGUCUCCUGGUACUGGGGCUGGUGAAAUCGUGCGACGUGCGAGUGCGACAAUUAGUAAUAGCAAUGGCAAUGCUAAUUCUGCUUCGAGUUUACAUCCUCAGGGGAAUAAUACUGUUUCAAGACCAGCAGCUGGUUCGUUAAGCAAUUCGGUGGCUGGUGAGUUGUCCUUAAUAGAGGGUGUAUCUGAUUCAAGUGGUAGCAGAAGUGCUUCGAGUCUUAGCGAUAUCAAGGUUACGCUGCUUCCACCUAAAGCGCUUUUGCGGGAGCUGGUUGAUCUGUUUUUUCAAAGAAUUCAUCCCUGUUAUCCAUUUCUCCACCCCGUAAAGGCUAGUGGAGCUCUUCAUGACAUUAUCAGUCAAAACUUAACUGAUUCGCCAAACCCUCAUAGUACUCCCUUGAGUGACAAACGUAAAGAAUAUCCACUUGUUUUGUACUCUAUAGUGGUAGUGACACUUCGGUUUGUUCCCCAGUUCAAGUUGAAUGACCGCGAUAAAGAACGAUACUAUCGCUCUUGUAAAGAGACUGUCAUGUUAAGGUCUUUUGCAAUUACAGAUCUCGAUUGUCUUCAAGCAUUGGUAAUUCUUGCUAUUGAUUUGGUGGGUAUUUCAAAUGGCCCUGAGACUUGGAGUAUUAUCCCUCUGAUUUGCUCUGCUGCUACACAUUUGGGAUUGAGUAGAGAGCCCGCUUUGUUCCUUAGUAAUUCUGACGUUGCAUCCGAUUCGAAUAAUGAAUCAAUCUCUGCCCAAUCAGCUGAUAUACUGCCUGCUGCUGAGAAUUGGCAAGAUCUAGAAUCCCGUCGCAGACUUUUUUGGGUCAUAUACUCUCUUGACAGAUUUUCGUCUGUCGCCACUGCUUUCUCCUUUAAAAUUAAUAGUCUCGAAAUCGACCGACUAUUACCAGUUCGAGCUGAUCUCUGGACUGAUGACUCUUUGCUUCAUAGUCAUGUUGAUACCCGUACAAGGUGGCUGAAGACGAUCAUUCGUAAAGAUUAUUCGAUAAAUUUUCCUUCCAACAUCGACACUUUUGGAUACAUGGUUGAAAAUUUACAAAUUCUCAGUUCUAUACAUGUGUUUCUGAAGAAGCCUAUUAGCAUAUACUCGCUGCAAGAUGUUCUUGAUUGGCAAGUACAGUUUCGACAACUCGAUAUCGAGCUAGACAACUGGUAUAAAUCGCUACCUCCACAUUUGUCGUCUGAAGUAAUCAAUGAUGAUCUCAAAGACCAACUGGAUCCUAUGGUUCUUAUGCUACAAGCCACUUACCAAACAACUGUUAUCAGACUUAAUUCUGCUGCUGGCUACUCUUGCCUGAAAUCUGAGUUUUUCACAAAUUCACCCAGUGCUGCCAAGAGAUGUUUGCUAGCUGUUUCCAAUGUUGUUGCUUUGGCAAAACAUGUUAUAAUAUUUGGUCUUGGUAAAUAUGUAGGGCCACACUAUGCUUGGGCAUUGUGGGUGUCUGCGAGACUUUUAGUCGUUGAUUGUGUGACAAACUACAAAUCGUUCCCAGAGGAUUUAGAGAUUCUUCUCACAGGAUUAAAAAAGCUUGGUAGGGUCUGGAAAGUAGCCGCUCGUUACUAUGGGCUUUUGACAAUGGUCAUCGAUGAAGAACUUUCGCUGAGAAGUACGGCCAGGGGUUCUAACGCGUUGUCGAGAGGAGAUGACGAUUCACCGAUUGAUUCAAUGACUGGCGAGCAUAAACGAAAUGGAUCAAGUGCCCAAAUUAUGUCCGAUAUGAGAAGAAAUGCAUAUGCUCUAGAUUUCUUGUUGUCAAAACAGAAAAAAGAACAAAAGAAAGAAAAACCUACAAGUGGUGAAGGACCGGUUCUCAAGUCGAGUCCAGCUAAUGACAACGAAAGCAUAAAAUCUGAUGAAAUGGAUCAGGAGUCUAUAAUAUCAUCAUUUGAACUGUCUGAACUAAUGGAUGGAUCCAAUAUGAAUGACAUAUUUGACUGGUUCAAUUGGCCACGCCAGAGCGGCAAAAUGGGUCAAAAGACUCCUGUUCAACACUCUGUAGGUGAGUACAAGAAUAUCUUGUCAAGAGAAGAGCAAAUUGGUUUGUACCAGGGAGAAAGUAGUAACACAAAUGACCGUCCUGAUUGGAUGUCAAUGUAA